AUGUUGGGGCAUCUAUGUUCUAGAGCACUUGAAAGUUUUAAGACUCGACUGGAACAAUCUUUGGCUAGAGGAGAAGGAUUUGCUGCAUCUGUUCGUAGCUGCAGUCAAUCUUCUAUGCUCGAGUUUGAUCAGGGAUGUUUAGAUGCUGCUAUACAGCAGGCUAGUUGGGAUGCUUCUAAAGUACGUGAAAAACUUCAUCGUGAUAUUGAAGCUCAUGCAUCCGUAGUUCAAAGUGAGAAGUUGUCAGAAUUGAUAGCCAAUUAUAAGAAACAAAUUUCCGCGGCACUCACUGAACCUGUGGAAUCCCUUUUUGAAUCUGGUGGGAAAGACACAUGGGCUUCAAUAAGAAGACUCCUGAAACAUGAGACUAAUGUAGCUGUAUCCGCUUUUCCUUCUGCUGUUGCUGGUUUUGAAUUGGACCAGGCAAUAUUUGAGGAAAUGGUACAGAGUUUGCAGGAAUAUUCUAGAAGUUUAGUGGAGAGAAAAGCAAGAGAGGAAGCUGGUAAAGUCCUGGUGCGCAUGAAGGACACGUUUAUUACUGUCUUCAACCAUGACAAGAAUUCACUGCCGAGGGUUUGGACAGGGAAAGAAGAUAUUAGAGAAAUCGCAAAGGAGGCCCGCUCUGAGUCUUUGAAGCUUUUGUCCACAAUGGCUGCUGUACAAUUGGAUCAGAAAGCAAACAACAUAGAGAAUGUACUAUUCUCCACCCUCAUGGACAGGACAGUCACCCCUCCUCAGAACAGGGGAAAUGGAGUUUCUGGAGAUCCUCUUGCUUCAAGCACAUGGGAAGAGGUCCCUCCAGAGAAGACGUUGAUUUCACCUGUGCAGUGCAAGUCCAUUUGGAGACAGUUUAUUGCGGAAACUGAGUAUACGGUCACUCAAGCUGUCAUUGCACAGAGGACAUACGAGCAACGCAACAGUUGGUUACCUCCUCCUUGGGCAAUCAUGGCAAUGCUUAUACUUGGUCUAAAUGAAAUAAUGUUCCUUUUAAGGAAUCCUCUUUACCUUCUGGUGAUAUUUUAUAACAUAUUUGCUUGGGAAAGCCAUAUGGGUACAGAUGGACAUUCCAGCGGAAGUUCGUAUUGGUAUUCUUUCUGCGCUUAUUUCGCUCUCGACAAAAUUCCUUCCCACAGUCAUGAAUCUUAUUCCUCUGUCUCAACUGAAACUGGUGUUGAAUACAUAAGCCCCCAACUUAAGCAUAGGAUAGUAACAAAUCCUGAACAAGAGGAAACAUCCUGUUUUGGAGCAUCUGACUAG